UUCAGUAUCUUCAUCACCUCCAAUUCCAAAGCUCAAGCAAUUAGAAAUUUCACAGUCCCUUAAUCCUCUUAACUCUCUUUAAGAAGGCAGACAUGGGUGUCACCACAUAUACCCAAGAGUUCAAGACCCCGGUCGCCCCGGCUAAGAUGUUCAAGGCCUUGAUCGUUGACUCCCACAACCUCAUCCCCAAGGUCGCCCCUCAGGGCAUCAAGAGCAUCGACUUCAUCGAAGGCGAUGGCGGAGUCGGAAGCAUCAAGCAGACCAACUUCGCCGAUGGCGGCCACAUCAAGUGGUUGAAGCACCGGAUCGAUGCCAUCGAUGUCGAGAAGCUCGUCUGCAAGUACACCCUGAUCGAUAGCGACAUAUCAUUCGACAAGAUCGAGAAAGUGGUGUACGAGGUCAAGUUCGAAGCCGCGGACGGCGGGUGUGUCUGCAAGAUGACCAGCGAGUACCACACCAAGGAGGGCGUCGAGCUCAAGGAGGAGGAGAUCAAGCAAGGGAAGGACAAGGCCAUGGGACUCUACAAGGUCGUCGAGGAGUACCUUCUCGCAAACCCGGACGCCUACUAAACAAGGCGGCUUCGGAGCCUCCUCCGAUAUAUAAAAGCUUGUGGAUGUCGAGUGUAUUUUGAUUUUGGAGUUUGUUUACUCAAAUGUUUGCAUAGAGUCAUGGUUUUGGCUUGAUCACACAACAAAUUUACCCAUGUCGGGGUAAAUGGAUCGGUGUUUUGUAUCCCGAAGAAAAGAUAUUUGGUGUUUGCGGGAUGGAUAGAAUAAAGUGAUGCAUACAAAUGUUUGAUCGAAUAAAAAUCGGGAGUAUCUUAGGCUUCUCUGCUUAACCGUCUAA